CGCACAGCGGCUGGCACCAUGAAGAUCUGGAGUUCGGAGCACGUCUUGGAACAUCCAUGGGAAAUGGUUACCACGGCUGCAAUGCAGAAAUACCCUAACCCCAUGAAUCCCCGUGUAGUGGGUGUUGACGUGCUAGACAGACAUGUGGAUCCCUCUAGAAAGCUGCACAGCCACAGACUCCUCAGCACAGAAUGGGGCCUGCCUUCCAGGGCGAGAACGAAAACGUAGGUGCAGGAGCACUCUGUGGUAGACCCGGUAAAGAAGACAAUGGAGCUCAAGUCCACCAACAUCUCAUUUACAAAUAUGGUCUCAGUAGACGAGAGGCUCACAUACAAGCAGCACCCUCAGGACCCAGAGAAAACUGUCCUGACCCAGGAAGCCAUCAUCACCGUGAAAGCGGUCAGCCUCAGCAGCUACCUUGAAGGACUCAUGGCAAGCAGCAUAUCUUCCAACGCUAACAAAGGCCGAGAAGCAAUGGAGUGGGUGAUCCAUAAACUGAACACCAAGAUUGAAGACUUGGCAGUAUCAGCAAGAGGAAGCAUACGGACGCCAAUGGCAGCGGCGGCAGCCUUGGUGGAAAAAAAUGACAAUGGAGAUUGGUGUGCAGCUACAGGGCCCGGGACUCUCCAAGCUGGCAUCAUAUUUAUUUGUUAUUUAAAAGAUACGGCUAUUUUAGGCAACCUGGUGCCUCCCGCCCCCCACUCCCGGAAGGUCACCAUAUUGAUGCCGAACUUAGUGUGGACACCCGAUCGGCAUAGCACACUGCAGCCCAGAAUUCCUGGACUCAAGCGAUCCUCCUGUCUCAGCCUCCCAAUUAGCUGGGACUACAGCUAA